AUGACCAACUGCCUGAGUGUCGGGGACGGUCAAGGCUCCCGGCUGAGGGACGGGCGGGCCUCCGUGUGGACCAUGAACCGAUACACCAUGCUCAAGCAGCUGGGGGACGGCACGUACGGCAGCGUGCUGCUGGCCAAGAGCAACGAGACCGGCGAGCUGGUGGCCAUUAAGAGGAUGAAAAAGAAGUUUUAUUCCUGGGACGAAUGCUUAAAUCUGCGAGAAGUGAAGUCCCUGAAGAAGCUAAACCAUGCUAAUGUGGUGAAACUGAAAGAAGUGAUCAGGGAACAUGACCACCUCUACUUUGUAUUUGAGUACAUGAGAGAAAACCUCUACCAGCUCAUGAGAGAAAGGGAAGAUAAGAUGUUUUCUGAAAAUGAGAUAAGGAACAUUCUGUUCCAGGUUUUAUCUGGUUUAGCAUUUGUGCACAGGCAUGGAUAUUUCCAUCGUGAUAUGAAACCCGAGAACUUGCUCUGCAUGGGCCCGGAGCUGGUCAAGAUUGCAGAUUUUGGACUAGCGAGGGAAAUACGCUCACAGCCGCCUUACACAGAUUAUGUGUCCACGAGAUGGUACAGAGCCCCAGAGGUUCUGCUCAAGUCCACCUCUUACAGCUCCCCCAUCGACAUCUGGGCCGUGGGCUGCAUCAUGGCGGAGCUGUACACGCUCAGGCCCCUGUUUCCUGGCAACAGCGAGGUGGACGAGAUCUUUAAGAUCUGCCAGGUGCUAGGAACGCUGAAGAAGAUCGACUGGCCCGAAGGCUUCGGCUUGGCCGCCUCCAUGAACUUCCGCUUCCCCAAGUGCGCUCCCGCCAGCCUCAGAUCCCUGAUUCCCAACGCCAGCAACGAGGCCAUCACGCUGAUGAGAGGCAUGCUCCAGUGGGACCCUGAGAAAAGACCCAGUGCUGCUCAGGCGUUGAAGCAUCCCUACUUUCGUGUUGGCCACACACUCGGUGCACCUCUGAAGCUCUCAGAGCAGCACAGGCCUCCAGAAAAGGAGCCCGAGUCGGCGACGGGGCCGAAGCCGAAGCCUCUGUCCCUCUGCAGGACGGACCCAGAGCGGCCGGAGCUCGGCAAAAGCCAAACGCAGAGCUGCAGCCAGUCAGUUCAUCAGCCCCUCCAGCAGAUCCUGCUGCCUCAGGAGGACACGCGCACCCUGACAGAGGGCCAGAAGGAGCCGAUCAGCCUGGUGAAGAUCAGGGCGUCUGGGAGCUCCCAAGGAGUCAGCAUCUCUCAGCGAGGAGCCCCCACCGGAGCAGAGAACAGCGGGUCAGGGGCUCGGACGGCACGCCGUCGUUGGGUUCAGGCCUUGUACAGGUCGGUCAGCCGGGACGACGGGGAUGAUACAGACAACGGAGUCUCCAUAUCCAAAAAACCCACAAUGACAUCCUUGAAGAACCGGACUCUGGAUAAGCACAGCCCUCAAUCCUCAGAACCAAAGAACAGCAGCGGAAUGAACAGAGCUGAGUCUGCCAUCCUGUCUGCUAAGCAGCACUAUCUCCGACAGUCCAGAUACAUUCCUGGUGUGCAACCAAAAAGCUCCUCUCUGAGGAGCAAAGAUCUGAUGGGUGGCUGGAGUUCAACCAGAGGACGAGGUUUGGGCUUUCCUCUAGCUCAAGACGUCAGUCUUCAGAAAAUAACAGAUAAGCAGCCACUUAAAGAAAAGGCGCCUGUGGACCUCAGUCUUUCCAAAGACUCUCUCCAGAGCAGCAUAGAGAGUUUCCUGCUACCCCUCCAGAAGGUCAAAACAGGAGCAGGCAGACAAAGGAUCAUCCUGGCCCCCAUCAGAGGCCCCUCAGCCGUGGAUCUUUCAUCUUUUACUGAUCCGAGAUCUGAGGCUAAAAUCAAAACAUCCAAAAGCAAGACCUCCCUAAAACAGCUGACACCCUCAAAUGAAGACCUCGAAGGAUGGACGAGCAGAUCUCUGAAUCCUCACAUCUCUGGAGCGGGCACCAGCUCCGUAGCGAGGUCAACCGUCACCAGGAACACGAGCGUCCAGCCUCUGCACGGACGAGUGGACUGGAGCGCCAAAUACGGAGGCCACCGGUAG